CGCAGCCGGCGGUGCAGAGAAAAGAAGACUCGAGGCCGAGAGAAGAAUACUGGGCGGUGCCGCCGCAAGCAUGGCGAGGCCGCGUCCGUCGCUCCAAAGGCGCGCUGCGGCAUCUGCGGCAGCAGCAAGCAAGCUCAGGGCGGUGCGCCGCACCGUCCCCCUGAAAGCCUCCGCGGCGAGUCGCUCCGGUCUGCGGAAAGCCGCGACGGCGUUAGCAGCGCGCAGCGCGGGAAGGACGAGGGCGGGGGCGGGGAAGACUCCCGCCAAGACACCCAGGACUCCCGCGAAGAAGGUUCCGACCAAAGCUACCCCAGGCAAGUCGACUCCUGGCAGGUCGACCCCGGGAAAAGAGACCCCGGCCAAGACGACCCCGGCCAAGGCGACCCCCACCAGAAGGUCCGCGGAUCGCCGGCAGGCCGCUCAGACCAAUGGCGCGCGCACAUCGAGCUCUGCUGUCGCAUCCGCAGGGAAGGCUCGGGCGACGCGCAAAGCCGCCACGCCUGCGGCGGCGAAGACGGCGCCAAAAUCGGAGCCUCGCAAGCGAGCGAGGCGCGAUGCCCUGGCGGAGGAAACCGAGGAGGAGGUGGAGGAGGUGGCGGAAGUGGCGGAAGAGGCGGAAGUGGCGGAGGUCGCGGAAGUGGCAGAAGUGGCGGAAGUGGUCACAGCGGUGGGCGAAAGUGGUGGGCGGCGGAGGAGCCUGCGCGCGCACAAGUCUCCCGCCUUCUACCAAGUGGCGGAGUGGCGCUCGCCCGCCGCGCGCAGAGCUGGUAGAUCCGGGGACUCGUCGGACGAGGAGGAGGACGACGACAAGGAGGGGGAGGAGGACGAGGAAGUAGAGGAAGGGGAAGACGCGGAGGAGGAAGCGGAGGGCGAGAAGCCGGGCAAGGGAAGGAAGCGAGCGCGUGGUCGAGCGGGGGGGGGUGCUGGCGCGCUGGUGAGGGUCAGGGGGGGAGUGAAGGUAAAGGCAGGGCGAGCGCUGAAAGUUGUAAAGGCAGCGAAGGCGGCAAAAGCGGAGAAGAAGUUUCUCGGGCGAGGGAAGAUGAAACUCGUGGAUGUGUCUCCGGCGCAUCUCCGCGCAUUGAACGCGAUGCAUGAUCCCAUGGCGCAUGUGCGCCCUGCCUCCGUCGAUUCCUCCUGCUGCACGCGCUGCGCGAGCCGCGAGGCGUUUCGCGCGGUGCGCACGCGCAGCGCGGCGCUGCUGGCCGCCGUGCUGGCGCGCUCCGCGCGCGCGAAAGUGGCGGACCCGCACCUGGAGUGGUCCGCGGAGUGCCACGUGGACCCGCUGCGCGCGGCGCUGCUGGCGGGGGAGGUGCGGCUGGCGCGCAUGCUUCUUCUGGACCGCGACAGGCAGGAGGCGAACGGGCUGCUGGGGCAAUCGGGCGGGGGAGGCGCGGGGGAAGAGGGGGAGGACGCGGUAGUGAUUGAUGAUGAGGAUGAUGAGGAAAGGGAGGAGGGGGGGGAGGAGGGUGAGGGGACGGAGGAGGCUGGGGAAGAGGGAGGUGGCACGGAGAUGGAGGAGGAGGAGGAAGCAGAAGAAGAGGAGGAGGAAGAGGCACAGGUGGGCACGAGGCGCAAGAAGCACGGCAGGGGGAGGAAGGGGAAAGGGAAGGAGGACGGCAAGGGAGAAGCGAAGGCGAAGGCUGGCGAGAAGCGCAAGGCAGCGAAGGACAAGCCAAGCGCAGCAGAGAAGGCAGAGAAACCGGAGGAGAGCCGCGUGGUAACUGCCCGGGCGCGACUCCCGUUGAGCUCCCUGGCGAGCAUCGGCACGGGCACCAAGUCGUUCUACAUGCUGGGUUCCGCCACGCGCCAGCUCGAGGCCAGCCGCGGCGGCAAGGAGGGCAACAACGCGUUUCUUAGCGACCCGCUCCCGCGCUCCGACUCCUUCCGCGACUACUUCUCAUUCGCCGCGCAGCGCUCGUCCGUCGCCGCGCUGCAGAUGAUGGCGGCUACCCCCGACCCCUCCGCGCCCGGGUAUCUCAAGCCGCGCGACCCCGCGCACCCCGUGCCGUCACGCCUCGCGAUCUGCCUGGAGCUCGCGGGGAGCGGGCUGGUCUACGAGGCCGCGGAGGCGGGGAAUCUCCCCGCCGCGGCGCACCUGCUGAAGCUGUGCCGCGGCGCGGACGGCAGCGGGGACUCGAGCUACGGUUUCAACGCAGUGCAUGAGUUCGCCGUGGGACCCGCGGAUGGGAAGCUGGGCGCGGACGUGCGGGGGAUUUCGGUGCUGAAACACGCGGGGUGGGGCAACCAGCAGGUGACUCCUGUGCACCUGGCGGCGCUACAGCCGGACGCGCGCGUGUUGAAGCAGCUGGUGGCGCGCGCGGGGCCGCUGGCGCUGCAUGUGACGGACGGCAAGGGGCGGAAACCCAUCCACUUCGCGGCGGUGGCGGCGGGGAGCGCGGCGUGUCUCGAGUGGCUGGUGAGCCAGGGGGUGAGCGCGGACGAGAAGGACCGCCAGGGCCACACGCCUCUGCGCCGCGCGCUGGCGUUUGGGCGCCCGCACACCGCCCGCCUGCUGCUGCCCAAGCCGGCUGCUGCGGGAGGCAGCAGCGGCGGUGGCGGCGGUGCUGCUGCGGCGGACGAGGAGGAAGAAGACGGGGAGGAGGCAAGAGGGGGAAAAGCAAGGAGAGGCAAGGCUGGAGCUCCCGUGAGUAUAGCAGACCUAGUGCUCAACACUCCCCUGGACAAGCGCACGCCGCAGACUCUCCUGCAUGUGACAGCAUGGGAGUGCCUGUACAUGCCACCCACCGUGGCCGCAGACAUCAUAGAGCUUCUCAUCCGUGGGGGGGGAGACCCGCUUGUACCCUCCAAGGACAAGAAGCUCACCACGCUGCACAUUCUCUCUGCGCUGGGACUGGAGGGGGCUGUGGAGAGGGUUCUAUCGCUCGUGGCGGCGGGGAGCGAUGGGGAGGCGCGCGUGGUGAAGCUGCUGCUGGCGCCGGACAAGCUCGGGCGCAACGCGCUGGUCGUCGCGGCACGCAACUCGCAGUUUUCCGUUCUCCGCGCUCUCCUGCGCCGCGGAGUCCCCGCGGACAGCGCGGACUCGAGCAGCAACACGGCGCUGCACUACGCGUGUGCGUACGGGUGCAAGGGCGCGUUAGAACUCCUACUAGCAGCGGGUGCGGACCGUGAUCGGCUCAACAUGUGGAAGCUGUCGGGGCUGUUUCUGGCCGUGCUCAAGGGCCACAUGGGCAUCGCCACCGCCCUCCUCUCCUCCCCUGCUGCCGCUGCCGCUGCUGCCGCUGCUGCUGCUGCUGCUGCUGCUGCUGCUGCUGCUGCUGCUGCUGCUGCACCGCCGCCGCAGCAGCAGCCUGCAGCAGCGCUUCCCGCUGCGCUUCCGCCUGCUGCGGCUGUGCCGCUGCUGCUGCCGGCUGAUGCUGCUGACGGGCACAUGGAUACAGAGGGAGGUGAAGGGGGGGAGGGAGAGAAGGGGGGUGAGGAAGCGAGCCAAGUGGUUCCCUCCUCCUCCCCCUCCUCCGCUGCUGCUUCAGUGGCGCUGAGUGGUGCAGUGAAUGCGGUGGACAGCGAUGGCAAGUCUCUCUUACACCACGCUGUGACCCUCAAGCAGGCUGACCCCACCCUGUGCCUCUCCCAGGUCUCCUUUCUUGUCUCCCACGCCAUCUCCGCCGCCACCAAAGACGCCCGCGACGGCCAAACCGCUCUGCACCUCUUUGCAUCGCUCCGCCCCAUUUCCCGCCUCGACGCGCGCAUCACUGGAGCCAUUCUCUCUGCGCGUGGCGCAGACGUGGAUGCGGAGGAUGGCGAGGGGCGCACGGCGCUGCAGCUGGCAGCGGAGCAGCUCAACGUGCGCGUGCUGCGCGCGCUCCUCCGCAGCCCCACCUGCCGCGCCGCCCUCACCCACCGCGACCGCCACGGGGUCACGCCGCUGCUGGCGGCUCUGCGCUGCGAGGCGCCCCAGUUGGUUGAGAACAAUCUCGCUAACGGGUACCGCGGGUGGUGGGGGCGGAAGCCAGUGGAGCAGGUAGACAAAGAGGUGCAGCGCACCCUAGACGAGUAUUACCGCCGCUGGGGGGCGUUCUGUCGCCGGCAGCGGGCCGCCGUGACCCUGCUGCUGCGCGCUGCGGUGGAUCGGUCGGUGACGGAAGAAGCGGCCGCGGCGGCAGGGUUGGUGGAAGACGGGGAGGGGGGAUUCGACUGGGGGUGGGUGAACGCGCAGACCAAGGAGGAAGGCGACUCGGCGUUGCACCUGGCGCUACGCGCAUGCGAGCCGGCAUCCCUCCUGCGGCUGCUGCUCCAGCCAGACGUGCGGGCGCAUCUCGCGCUCAACCUGCGCAACAAGGCAGGCGUCACGCCUCUCGCCGCCGCUGUGACACGCACCCUGCAGAACCCCCACAGCGCGGCGGAGCGCUACAUGAAGCAGGCGCGCAGAACAAGGGACAGCGAGUACCCCGAGCUCAAAGCCUCCAACCCCUUCCGCCGUGCCGCGCAGGGGGAAGCCGCGCCUGGGGGAGCGGCUGUGGGGGAGGGUGGUGCGGGGGAGGGUGGUGCGGGGGAGGGUGGUGCGGGGGAGGGUGGUGCGGGGGAGGGUGAGGGAGAAGGUGCCGGUGGCGGUGCAGGCAGUGGCAUGGAGCAGGAGCAGGAGCAGGCGCAGGUGAGGGACCCCCCUGAGGGUGCGCUUGCGGCGGUUCCAGAUGCGCCUCAGAACAAAGCGAGGCCGUCCUCUCAGGGUGCAGCGCAGAGGGAUUUCGUGGAGUGCGUGGAAGCGCUGCUGCAGGCGGGGGCCGACGUGCACGCGCACGCUGUGGCCCGCGUGCGCAGAGCUGUGAGGUACAUUGUGAGGAGCAGUGACGUGAAGGAAGCUCUGCGCGACAAGGCGCUGAGCAAGGCUGAGCAGGAGGAGGGCGUGGGGAAAGUGCAGGGGCACGUGGUGCUGCGGGUGGCGGGGGAGAGCGUGGAGGUGCAGAGAUCGCUAGUCUCGCUUCUCAUGGCUAAUGCGAGUGCCACCAGCCUGCCUGCUGCUGUGCGUGACCGCUGCAUUCGCCGGCUGCUGGCGGCGGGGGCGCCCGUGGAUGCGGGGUGCGAGGAAGACGGGUCUGCUCUGCACGUGCUGGCCGUGGUGAUGGGCGCUCGUGAACCCCUGCCGCUGCUGGAGCUGCUGGCUGCUGCUGGCGAGCAGAAGCAGAAGAGCGGGCAGCAGCCGCUGCAGCAGCAAGGCGGGGAGGUGCAGCAGCGGCGGCCGUUGCUGGCAGAGCUGGCGUGCAAGGCGAACCAGGAGGGGGAUGUGGCGUUCCUGUCCAUCAUCGCGAGAGCCCUGCAGCUCAACCUCCUCCCUGCCACAGACGCGGCUGCUCGCACCGAUGGGCUCGUUGGGGGAGGGGUGGUAGAGGAGGGCAAGGAAGCGGAGAGAGGAGUGGGAGAGGAGGAGGCAGGAGAAGGGGAAGAGGAAGAUGAGGACGGAGGGGGAAGCGAUGGUGAAAGGAGCGGCGAUUCCUCCUCCUCUCCUUCCUCUUCUUCACCUUUCAGUGCUCCCUCCAAGUCUCCUUCCCCUUCUCCUUCCCCUUCUCCUGCUUCUUCAUCUUCCUCCCAGGACCCCUCAAAAAAGAAUCCAGCCAAGCAGUAUCAACUGACACAAGAGUCCUUCCUGCGCUUCCUCGCUCGCUUCCUGCAAGUGUGUCAGCAGGACAUCAAUGCAAGCAAGACGGCCCCGCGCCUGCGAACCUGGGGAAACGUGGACCCAGCAGUCAUCCCCAUCAUCUCAGCCAGAGCCCAGCCCAACCUUGGCUUCACCGCUCUGCACCUCACUGCUCGUGCCGGUGGAAACGCUCUGUGGCUGCUGUCGUGGCUGCUGCAGCAGGGCGGGGUGGAUCCUCUGCGCUGCACUGCAAAAGGCUCCACUGCCCUCGCGUGUUAUCUGCAGCAAGGGGGUGGUGGUGGUGGUCGGCAGGUGGAUGUGAAAGUGGUGCGCGCACUGCUGGCUGCAAACGGGCCACAGCAGCAACCGGAGCAGCAGCAGCAGCAGCAGCAGCAGCAGCAGCAGCAGCAGCAGCAGCAGCAGCAGCAGCAGCAGCAGCAGGUGCGCAAAUGCGACGACAGGAAGCGCACACCACUCAUGUUUGCGGUGCAGGCGUCGGCUCUCACGGCGGGCAGGGCGGGCAUCCUCAGCGAGGCCUUUGAGGUGGAAAAGGAGCUCCUGGACGCCGGCGCUGACGUGGCAGCGCGGGACGAGGACGGGCGCAACGUGGUGCAUCUCGUGUUUGUGCGGCUGGGAGAGCGGCACGUGGCGGCAGCGGGAGGUGGGUCUCAUCGGGCUGCUGCGGCAGGGGAGGAGCCGAUUGAGCUGCUCAGCAUGCUCUGUGCCGCUGUCACUGCCGCCGUCGCUGCCGCCGACGCUGCUGCCCUUGCAACCGACUCGACAGCAGGGUUAGCAAGUGGAGGUGGCGGAGUAGGAGUGGCGGGGGUCAUUGACGCAGCGGACCGGUUCGGACGCACCCCGCUGAUGUACGCAUGUGAGGCGGGCGCUCAGAUCUGCACCAAUUUCCUCGUGCGGCGCGGGGCCACACUCGCACGCACGGACGAGGACGACAACGGGGUGUUCCAGCUGGCGCUGCUUGCGGCUCAGCUACCCGUGUGUAUCAAUCUGUUGGACCAUGCGGGGGUGGAUAUUCACCUUCCUGCCACCAACUAUCGUAAGUUUCCCGGUAAGCUGCUCAAAAGGGUUGCACGGGUGGAGCGGCAGGAGAGGAGGAUGGCUGCCGGGGUGGGUGGUGCGGGGGAAGGGGCGGACGGGUGGAGUGACGGGGAAGAGGAGGAGGUGGAUGGGCAAGAGGAGGGAAUGGCGGGGGGUGUGCGUAUGGCGGCGGAGGUGUGGGAGGAGUGGGAGGAGGGUGGGAGUGGGGACGGGCAGGAGAGCAAGGACGGGGGAGAGGGAGCAGGCAGGGCCGGGGAGGAAGAUGCAACCAUGGCAGAUGCCAAGACAGAGGGAGAGGCGGAGGAGGUGAAGAAGACUGGGGCAGGCUCCGAGCAGCAGCAGCUAGAAGCAGCGCGUGUGCAGAUAGCACGAGGCAAGGACGCGUGCAAGACAUCAACCUUCCGUGUGGUGCUAGACCAGGGGUGGAACGGGCUCGCCUAUCUCAUGCUCGACCGCGGCGUCGACCUCCUCACCGCCACCCACGACUGCCUCGCCAGCGGCCACUUCUCCCUGCUCCUCACCCUCCUGCGCCGCGCGCCCCCAGCCGCGCUGCAAGCGCUGCAGCCGGUGUCUGGCAGGACGGUGUUCCACCAGCUGGCACGCGUGCACCACCAGUCCUCCUUCUGCCAGAACUGGCUGCUCACCAUUCUGCAAGUCAUUGAGGCUGCGCUGUCGGGACCGGGAGUGACGGGGCCGGCAGGGGAGAACCCGAUCGGCGCGCUGCUGAACACGAGGGACGUGCUUGGGCAGACCCCGCUGCACCUCGCGUGUGCGGGCGCCAUCACGCCGCUCGUCCAGUGGCUGCUGCCGCGGGGCGACCCUGCUCUUGUCAAUGCAUGCGACGCCGUGGGCUCUGUUCCCCUGCACCGCGUGCUGGGCUGUGCGGUGCUGCACAGGAAGGGAGGGGGGAAUGGUGCUGGUGGUGGUGGUGCUGCUGCUGGUGGUGGUAGUGGCGACGUGCUGCUACCAGAUGUGUACAGGCUGCUGUGCGCGGGGGCGGAUCCCAACGUGGGGCGCCAGGCCAAGCUGCCUCUUGACCUGACCGCCCUUGCCACUGACAGCGGCUCUGACGUUUCGGACAUGGCUGGCAGCAGCGGCGGCGGCGGCGGAGUGGUGCAGCAGACGGUGCGGGCGGCGCUGCGCGCGGAGGUGCUACAGGAGGCCCAGGCGCUGCGCAAGGUGUGCACUCUACCGGCCAUAAUGACGGCCGUGCGGCGGAAAGAUCACCGGCUGACGGAGCUGCUGCUGCGCUUCGGAGCCAACCCGAACCAGUGGGACGCCACUGGAGCAACCGCGCUCACGCAUGCGGUGAGGAGCAACGACCUGCGCAUGAUUACCGUGCUCAUGGGGGGGGAUUGGACCCCCCCCGUGCUGUCUCGAGAGGAGGAGGCUGCCAACGCAGCGCUGAGCAAGAUGACGGUGCCACCUGGCAUGGAGAUCCGCCGCGUAGGCGUGGAUCUGAACCUGGCGCCGGUCCCCCUUGCGCGGUCGGCAUACCACGCAGCAGUGGCUACAUUUGGCCCGUUAGAGCCGUCGUAUGAGAACACUCACCUGCUGAAGGUGCUGCACAGGCUGGUGCUGCUGCAGAGGGGUGAGCGGGCUGGGGAUGCGGCUGGUCAGGCGGCGAGACCCGUGGCGUUCCGGUGGGAAAUGAGGGAUGGUGCGGGGCACACGGUGCUGUAUGAUGCGGGGGCUCAGUCCUCAGGAGUGAUGCUGGACGCUAUCACGGAGAUGACGGGAGGAGGCGAUGCGGCAGGGGAUACAGCAGCUGCUCCUUCAUCAGGUGCCACAGGUGCUGUGACGAUGACUCAUGGCGGCGCUGUGCUGCCAGAGAUAUUUGAAACAGAGAUAGCAGCAGGACGGGAGGAUGCGCAGAAAAAGUUAGAGGCAGCAGAGAAGUGGCUGACAGAGGGCAGUGCGGGAGUGCGUGAGGGGCGAGUGGUGGACGUGGCAGCAGAUGCGAGAGUGAUGCGGGAAGAGUGGGACGCCAAGAUGGAGGCAGCAGCGCAGGCGUGUGGCGCGGAGGUGGACGAGCAUGCAGGGGACCUCCGUGCCACGUGUGUCGUGCUGCGGGAAGUGAAGCGUACUCCAGCCGAUGACGGCAGUGGUGGCGGUGGCAGCAGCGGCGGCGGUGGAGGAGGUGGAGAUUACUCGGUGCUCAUGACGCGAACCGAUGUGGAGUACGGGCGGUAUGGAUUCCACAACUUCUACAAGAUGCAGGUACUGCACAGCACCGCACAGGACCUUUACAUCCUCUUCAACCGCUGGGGGCGUGUGGGCGACGAGGGGGAGCACCAGCAGACGCCCAUGGGGUCCCGUGAGGAGGCGGUGAAGGAGUUUGAGAAGAUCUUCAAGGCUAAGUCAGGGAACGACUGGCAGAAUCGUGGAGAGUUCCAUCCCAAGGUGGGGAAAUACACUCCCGUGCGGGCACGUCCAAAAAGCAAGAAGAAGUCAGGGAAGGGCGAUGGUAAGGGAGAAGGGGAAGGGGGGAGUGAGAGGAGGAAGAUCCCCAAGGGGCAUGUGGAUGAGGAGGUGGAGCUGGUGCUGCCUCUGGCACAGCUGAUAGACAUGCAUGGUGGUUUAAGGAGGAAAGGAGGAGGAGGAGGAGGAGGAGAGGGAGUGCGAGGCGAAGGUGUUGCUGCUGCUGCUGCUGCUGCACCUGCUCUUGUUUCUCUUCCUGCUGCUGAUACUGCAGUGCCUGGCAGUACGGCUCCUGCUGUCGCCGCCGCCGCUGCUGCUACUGGCGAUAACUCCACGCAUUCUGCCGGCGCUACUCCUGCUCCCGCUGCUACUGCCACCCUCGCUGAAGCAUCCGCUGUGGCAGGGCCCAGCCGCCUCCCCAAGGCCAUCCAGUCUUUCAUACGAGUCAUCUGCGACGUGUCAGCGCUGCGAGCGCAAGCCCGGCGCCUGGGCGCAGUGGACACGUGCCUGGCGUUCGGAGACGUGACAGAUGAGGCGCUGGAGCGUGGGCGUGCGGUGCUGGAGCAGAUGAGUGCGCUGGUGCCCACGUAUGAGGCCGUGGGGAAGAAGAUUGAUGGGCUGGUUGCGGAGCAGCAGCGGUUGAUGUUUGAGGAGCACGAGGAGGAUGGGGAGGAGGGAGUGGAAGGGGGGAAGGGGGAAGAGGAGCAUGAGGCCGUGGAGGAUGGAGUUGAGGAGGGUUCUGAGGAUGGCUCGUUGGAUGGUGCAGGGAAGAAGCGUGCGAAGAGGCGCCGCGUGGAGGAGGGCGAGGAUGGCCAGGGGCAGGGAGUGGGUGGGGAGAAGGAAGGGGGGGACGUGCAGAUGCAGUUGGAGGGAGGCGAGGGAGGUGACGGGGAGGGAGGUGGGGGAGAGGGGGGCGGGAAUCAGACCACCCUCGUGGCAGCGGUCAACACGGAGGGUGGUGAUGGUGGCAGCGGCAGCAGCAGCAGCAGGAAGGUAACCCGGGAGCGUAUCGCGGAGGAGAUAAGGGCAGCACAGGCGGAGCGGCGGGGCAUCAGCGAGCAACUGGUGCAGCGCAGCAACGAGUUCUACCAGCUCGUGCCGUCCUCGCAGCACACGCGCAGCCGCAUCCAGUCCAUCCAAUCCCGCCAGGACCUGCUCUCACUGCAGGCGCUGCUCUCCAGCCUGGGGGAGCUCCAGCUCGCGCUCAAGAUGCUCAUCGGCGCGCGUCGCCAGCUGGCGGAGGCGGCGGCUGGGCGGCGCGCAGCCGUCCACCCGCUAGACUACUGCUACCUGGGGUUGGGGACGGACAUGCGGCGCCUGGACCCGCAGAGCCAGCUGUGGCGCGUGCUGGCUCGGUAUGUGUACCGGUCGGCUUCGCGGGAGGAGAUUGAGGUGUAUGAUGUGUUUGCGGUGCGCAGGCAGGGCGAGAGGGAGCGGUUUGACGCGCUCUUAGAGCCGUUCCGUGCGCACCGCCAGCUGCUGUUCCACGGGUCGUCUGUGGCUAAUUUCUGCGGGCUGCUCAGCGGCGGGCUGCGUGUGGCUCCUCCCGAGGCCGAUGUGACAGGGUAUGCUUUCGGCAAGGGUAUCUACUUCGGGGACCAGUUUAAAAAGUCCCUGGGGUACUGCGAUACGGCUGCUCAGCACCACCAUGGGCACUGGAGGAGCGGCCGUGAUCGCGAGGAGGAGGAGGAGGAUGAGGAGGAGGACGGGGAGGAGGAUGGGGAGGGGGUGGGGAGAGGGCAAGCUAUGAAGCAGACGCGGUGCCUGCUGCUGUGUGAGGUGGCGCUGGGGCAAUCGCAGGCGGUGUCAGAGGCAACAUACAUGGAGGAGGCGUUGCCAGGGUCCCACUCCACGUUUGCCAUCGGGAGAACCACUCCCGACCUCUCCCAGUGCCUCUGGACCCCUGACGGCUGCUGCAUCCCUGCAGGGCCUAUCAUCUCCCACAGGGAGAUGCAGGCAAGCAAGGCAGCGCGGCCAGAGGAGUAUGCUCGUGUGUGCAGGUUUAUUACUGCGCCAGAAAAGGGCGGAGGGCCGUGCGUGGAGAGGAACGAGUAUGUGGUGUAUCGUGAGGCGCAGGUUCAGAUGCGUUACCUGUUGUGUGUUGGGCCUCCGAGGAGUAGGAAGAAGGGAAGGAAAGGGAACUAG